AUGAGUAAUUUCUACAAAUCAAUGUUGUUCAUGUUCUGGGCAAUUCUUUUGUGUUCUAAUGAAGUCCUCGCAAAAAAAUCUCGCAUCCCAAUCUCUGGUUUUGUUUCCUUUUGGGAAAUAUUAAAGGACAGUGAAGUUCGAGAAAUGAAAAACCAAUGCUAUGCAGACAUUGAAAGUGGAUUGUGGGGUAGGCAAUGCAAGUCUUCAACAGUAGCAAAGGAGAACUGCGCUUUAAAAUGCCUAUCACCGGGUUGUUAUGAGCUGAUUUACGAGAGUGAUCCGGUGAGGGACUGA